CGUUCGCCGCUCGCGUGUGUGUGCGUAAAAAAGUGAGCUCGGCCACGGGCUGCGCCGUUCGCGGAUUGCGGUCCGGCCGCUAUUUAAAUGGCCGGCGUGUGCCCCAACUCCUCAUAAUCCAUAAGAUCUCGCAGAGCCCAGACGCAAGCUCACAAGCUCAGUCUUCUGAAAGCCCCAAGAACCUAACGAACUCAAAAUCGCGAGUGCCAAUCGUAUAAGUCUGACAAAAAUCAAGUUACAAACGCUAAGAAAACAUGGCCAACAGCACAAGUGAAACCUCAGAGAUGCUGUCCUCGGAGCGAUUGCAACAGCAGAGUCCUGCUGCGCCGACAAGGACCUGCCACCAGCAACAACAGCCCCUCAUCGCCGUCUUCUCCAGUUUGGGACGAAUGUCUCCCGCCAAGUGCUGGCUCCUGGGCAUCCUGCUGCUGCUGACAGUCGCCACCAGCUGGCCAACGGGGACCUCCGCCGCCCCACGUCGCGCUCGAGGACUGCACCUGAUACUGGGGCACGGCCAACAUCGCCAUCACCAGCACGCCAGAUCGACGGAUCCCAUUUCCAUCAUCGUACCCUUGCCCACAAAUCAGACCGAGGGCUGGGAAAGCUGCUCCAAAAUGAGCAUAACUCCAAACACAUCAGCACUGAUCUACGCCCGGGAUGUGGCCAUUAACACGCGGGAGGCCGCCAUCUGCCUCACCCAGGAAUGGCUGGAGCACAUGCAAAGCGGCGACCUGAAGUCGGCCAUCAGGAAAUUCUCAUUUCACAAACUGUACCUGAAGCACCCUCUGCAGGCUGAGGUCGAAAAGGUUGUCUUCAAUUACGAGACGGAGACUUUCGAUUACGUCGGUGCCAAGCCGGUGUCCACAGUCGAAGAGGAGAUGCACCAGAUCAUCGAGACUCUGCUUGUCGUGGAGCACCUUUUCGAUGCGGUCCAGUUCAGCCACAAGGAUUGGAAUUGCUACUUCAAAGCCUUCAUGGAUUUCUUCCACCACAACAUGCAUUCGGCCCUGAGAGUCGCCAACAAGUCGGAUCUUUGCAACCCCGAGGACUCCGACUAUAAUAAGAACCACAUUUUUCUGAAGUUCGCCGCCGCCUUGGAGACCAUCAAGGUGCUGACCGUCAUGGUGCACAAGUACGAUCAGCUUAUCAGCAAUCAGUAGAAAAACACCGAUCACGUUCCAGAAGCUACAAGCCAUACCAAAAACAAUCGCCUUCGAUGACCCACUGCAAUCUCAAGCUGCUGUAUUCGUAUAUCCAGUACUAUCCGUAGUUGUCUACGGGAAAACCCUCAUCUGCCUUAGUCCCAAUUAUUUAUAAUAACUUAUUAUCGCCAUCCUCCCCCGCACAUCCAUUCGUAUUUAUAUCGCUUUCGCAUCCUAUUUAUAUACAUAUCACCAUACUCACACAACACAUUCACCGCCUCGCAGGCUCGAUAACUUAUGAAAACUAUUACUUAAGUGUAUUUUUUUAUAUUAUUAUAUUAUGAUUAUUAAUAAAUUAUAUUGACUAU